AUGAGGUCUUCGCCGACAUCCUACCAAUCCUGGUCGGGAGCUCGCUUUACAGCAAAAAUCCCAGGACGCUUUGUAAAUCCAGCCAAACUGGAGAGCUUUCUUGAUCGGAAGUUUGACGACUACUACACUGUAGAGAUGCGCAAUAAUUUCUAUAGCGUCACCACGCCGUAUCAUCUUACGACCGAAGAGAUCAAACGAAACUGUUAA